AUAUCGUCCUUCCUUCCGCCUUCGUCGUUGAAUUCUCACCGGUUCAAAUGCGCGUUCGCGACAAGUGUGUGCAAUAUUCGUUUCCGACAGUGACGGGGGAUUAUUUGUGCGUGAGAUAAUGCGUGCGGAAGCCGGAUUUAGUUGCGAUCUUGUCGAUGAACGUUCUCGAUCGCCUCUUUCGUGCUUUUCGUUGCGAUCGAGCACAGUGGAAUUGCGAAGUUAGUCGCAUUCGCGGAAUAUCGGAGGCUAAAUGAGGUGCAGUGAAGGGAGAAAACGAAAGCGGAGGAUGUCUAGCCAAUGGAUCUUCAAAGUGUCCAGCAACGGCCGCGAACGAACUUUCCGUCUUCACCGUUCGGACACAAAAAUUGAGUAAUCGGAUCGGAUUUGUCAGUAUUUUGUGCAGAAAAUGGUAGAUAUAAAGAGCAAUCCUCCCAUCGGAGAGAACGACUCACAUUACGAGUCAAGGAUACGAGCGAACAGUUUUGGUCGAGGUUCUGGCACAGGAACGUCAACACCAUCAUCCUCUUCCGAUUACAUGACGGGGGAGGCAGACGAUAGCUCUGACAGUAAGAGUACCAUACCAUUCAGCUUGAAAUCAGUAGAGACCAUGCUGUCAUUAUCUAAGGAUGCUUCUGAGGAAGAUCUUGAAGAAAUGGUGCGCAAGUGCAAACUGAUGGUGUUGGAGAGUGCCGAAUGUUCGGAUGAGCGUAAAUGGCUCGUUCGACGGCUGAUUGAAUUGCGUUUGCGCGUGCAAGAAUUGCGUGAGACUUCAGAUGAAAAUCUCUUUGAGACGCGCGUAAUUCUCGGUCAUCAUUUUGUGCCGCAGAAGUACUAUAUUACCACGUCUAGUCCGGUUUAUUGCGACCAUUGCAGCGGCGCGAUUUGGACGAUGCUGCAGUCGUGGUACAUGUGCAACGAUUGCAAAUUCAGUUGCCACUGGAAGUGUCUGAACAAUGUGUGUCGUGUAUGCGUGCAUGUAGUCGCAAGUGAAGCUGGCGGAUACACGCACACGAAGGAUAUCUGUCCGGAGCAAGGUCUCUCGAAGCAAGGCUACCGUUGCGCGGAAUGUAAAGUGCGAAUAACAUUCACUUUCUCAAAAGGAUUAUCGUUAUCCUGCUUCGGCAAUUCCUUUAAGAAUGCAGAAUCAGCGUGGGUAGAGCCUCGACUUUGCGACUACAGCGGUUUAUAUUACUGUCAAAGAUGCCAUUGGAACACAGCCAUGGUCAUUCCCGCGAGAGUAAUCAGAAAUUGGGACAUGGAGCCGCGUCUGGUGUCUCGCGCCGCAGUGCAGCUUUUGAUGCUUUUGGAGGAUCGUUCCGUACUACCGCUAGAAGAAUUAAACCCGAAACUCUUUACCUUAGUUCCGGAUUUAUCGCUUGUAAAGCGAAUGCGAGAGGAAAUGCAGAUGAUGAAGAAAUAUUUAGUUCUAUGCGUGGAAGCUUGCACUCAGGGAUUACCGUGGAGAAUUGGGUUGCGCACACAUAUGAUCGAAAAUUCGGGUAACUAUUCCAUCAAGGAUCUCAUCGAUCUUCAAAGUGGUAUUCUUUUGGACGAGCUUCGUACUGCGUACGAUACGAUGCACGCGCACAUUACGCAGCAAUGCGAGCUCUGCAAGGCAAGGGGACACUUAUGCGAAAUAUGUGGCAAUAAUGAGGUAAUCUAUCCAUGGGAUGCCAGCUCGGUUAUCUGUCAGCAAUGCUCGGCAGUGCAUCAUCGCGUUUGUUGGGCCAAGCGCAAUCAUUGCUGCCCACGGUGUGCACGUCUGCAAAAACGUCGCGCUCUACAGGGACAAACGAUGCAGGAUGGCAAAGACUGUGAUACGGACGACACCGCAAAAGAUUCUUAAAUGAAAGUGCCACAUAAACACGUGGUAAAAUAUUAUUCAUACAACGAUUUAUACUUUGUACCUGUUAUUUUUUUAAGCGGAUCAAAUCGAUUGCAAUCUAUAAUUUUUAUAUAUACCAUACACGCAAAAGUUUGUACAUAGUUUUUCUAAUUAUGAAUUUAUAAUUGUAUAUGAUUUUUUUGUAAAGCGCGGUCUAAUUGAUGAGAUUAUACGGGUGCCACAUUUUUUAAAUAAUUGUACAAACUUGCCAUGUAAUGCGCGAAGUACCACAAGCACAUACGUAGUGCCCGCAAACAGUAUAAUCAUUUUCGAACUCUACAGAUUAGCAAUUAAUUGCGAUGUUAUAUACUUUUAUGUUUUAGAAAAAUGUUUACUAGUAAUAAAUCAUCUGCUGCAUAUUCUACAUACAUGUAAUAUGUACCAAUUUAUAUGGAAAUCAUAGCGAAUUAAAAGAUAAACAGAGAAAAAAGAAGCACAAAUGUUAAAUGAUAAAUUUAGUAUCGUUCGGCUUGUCGCCGAGCUGUCUGAUUCUCCGCUUCCGCUUGCGCUCUAGUAGAAUAAGCUAGGUACCGGUAGUAUUUAAACGAAAGUGUUAGUCACCUGGGCCAGUCUGCAUCAACACUUGAUUGUAACUAGGUGAGUGUGCAUUUUUCGUAGAUUAAUGGAAUAGAUCCUCAGAAGGGAUGUUUUGAAACUUGUUAAUCUAUUAAUUUGGUGUUCAUUAUCUGUAUCAACUUGAAUGAAUUUCAUCACAUUCAUCUUUUUAAUCAUGUGGAUCGCUACCAUCAGUGGGUGUCCGAAGAUCUGGAUAGGUCUACCUGACGAUACACUCUGGGUAGUCACACGAUCAUUAUCAAUAUAAACUCGUAUACAUCUUUCCCAAAAUGUCUGAUGAACGAUCCCAGAUAAUAAUUCACACCUCACAUUUUACGGGGCUGAUGAGCGGCUCAGGCAAAACUCAUCUCUGCGGAUUAAAUGAUACUCUGCGCUAACCGCUGCGUAAACAAAUGCACCCAUAUUGUACUGCAUUAGUAUUGUAUAUAUGACAUAUAUAAUAUGUACAUACACGCACAUUUGCGGAAGUUGCACUACAAAUGGCGGAACCAAUCAGAAAAGAGAAUCACUAUCCGCUCCACUCUCCCUCGAUUCUCUCUGUGUCUCCUAAAAAGGAAAGCACGAGCUUGUGCAAAUUAUAGGUACAAAUUUAGUUAACUUUCACUUAUCAGAAUAAAAAGAUAUGUAUGUGCCGUAUUCAACUGAGUUAUAACAUCAUAAAUGAGAAUUAUGUGAGUUGAUGUAAAUG